GCCGCUGGCCGAGGGCGCCUUUUCCGGGGAGCUGAAGGGGGAGGGGGCCGGCUCCCCCAGACGCGCGGGCUCGGGCGGCGGGUGGGGGGUGCCUCGGGCCAGUGCCGAAGGGUCGUCCGAGACGCCCGGCUGAGCUGAGGUGAGGUGAGGUCCCCGUUUCUGCUGCCGCCUCAGCAGCCUUGCAGGGAGACCCAGGCGGGCUUUGGGCGCCUCGUGAGGAGGCAGCAUCGACGCUGAAUUAUGUUCAGGCCGGACGCGCAACUGUGGUGGUUUUCAGAAGGAUGGGGGAACUUCUGGAUGUUAAUCUCCUAAUCCGCCACUUUAGGGCGGCGGUAUCACUCUGUCUUGUUCUCCCUUGCAUGAAAGAAAGUUGCUGCCAGCAAUGGGGACCACCAAUGUCGGCCAGUGGGAUGAAACCAUUUGCAACAUGAUGGCUUGUCAGCAUCCACCCUGCUGGGAGUCAAUGUGGAGGAUCGAAAGUGGACAUCCUCGAAUUUUGCUGAAAAAAACAGGCACGCCUGGAAGAGAUUCCCUAGAAUCUGAAGACAAACUGCCAACUCUGAAGAUUGUUGACCUUCCCUUCAAUUAUCCUCAGAGAGAAAGGAUUAAAUGUGCUGAAAGCUUCGGUUCCAUCUCCAAGACAAUUUCCAGUAGUAAAGAAGCUAGAAGUUACUUUUCAAAUUCCACUUUGAAUGAUGGUUGGAUACCCCCCAUUUCGAUAUUGAGUUCAGAAAGGAAUUCUUUCCCAGGUCUGAACUCCAGAACGGAAUCUCAUUCUCGCCAUUUCUCACCAAUGCGUUUCACCAGCUUGAGGCAAGCUGAGAAGAUACAGGUGAGAGAUCUUGCCGAGUUGGCAGUGCGCAGACUGGGUUACCAGCCAGCCUGCGGAAACACGGUGGUCAGGUGGUUUCCAGACGUGCGGUGCAGAUUCCUGCAGCCUGAGAAGCCUGACCCAAGAGCAACGGCAUCCCCUCGAAGAAUAUGUGUGAAGGACCUUGCUUUGGAAAGCAUCCUGUCUCUUAAGGAUAAUCAAGGGAGUGAAAGAAGAAAGUUGAAUAAAGUUCCUACAGGGGGUCAGCCUUACUUACUUCAUCUAAGGCGGAGCCAAAAGUCUAGCAACAAAUCAAGUUCUGUAGGCCAAGAAGGGAAUGCUGAUGACAGCCUGGUGAGGACAAGGCAACGCUCCACACACUCUCUGCAUCUGUCACCACAAAAUGAAGGAGAUGUGAAUCUGGACAGCAAGAGAGGAAGGGCGGUGCUGGAGAACAGGGAGACAUUAGCAGCCCCCUUUAUCGUGCAGAAAGCUUGCAGCUUCAGCAGAUUUGAGACUAAGAUCCCCGUGAAAGACAAAGAUUCAGGAAGAAGUCCAGGCCAGCCCAAGAUCACCUCAGGAGGCUCGCUGGUCCUGAGGCGUUUGAUGGCAGAGCAGCUGGGUGGCGCUGGCAGCAAUCAAGAUGAGAAAGGAGGGGGCCUCCUUGAGCACAGCCAGGCGUGCCCAGAGUCUGCUGCAGGGAACUGCAAGCUGCAGACGUCUCCAAGAGUUGUUGCUAAGAGAACACCUUGCAUGAAGUUUAUGGAAUAUAAGAGCCAUACGGCAAGGCUGGACGUGGAGGGUGAGUGCAGUGACUUUUAUUCCAGGGGCCUGCCUUACGGUGUAAUUGAAGCCUGUAAUCUGAGGAACUGAGGUGAGUGAAAUAUUUGGAGCGGAGAAACGGAGGGUUAGUGUUUACAUUGCUGUCAGCUCCCCCUCCCCCCCCAGCAGAAGCCCUGAUGCCGCUCUCCUUGCAUGUCCUCAUCUCUCCCUCACUUGAGCCAGCAAGCGCUCCUUCCAGCUUGCUGGUGGGAGAGUCCCACAUGCUGGAGGAUUGCUUCUUCUUGACAAGGAAGAAAGGUGAGGAACCCUGGAAGUAAGAGGGCUGCUGUGCUGGUCUUGAGAGCAGCCGGGAAGGAAUGGGGGGAUGGUAGCAGGGGGUCGUGUUGCCUUUGAUUCAGGAGGGGAAGGGAAAGCCCUGGGAGGCUGGAUGGGGAGGAAGUGCUGGUUCCUGUACGUUCGUCAUGCUCUUCUCUGUUUUCUGUGGAACAGCAGUGGAGCCCAGUAACUUACAGAAUUAAUCUGCUUCAUGUAUGAAUACUAUCAGGAGAAAAUCAGCACUGCCCUUGUUGUGGAAGGGCUUUCACUUGGUACUUUCCGUUUGACUUGGAGAAAAGGUGGUGCUGAAGCCGGCAUGGAGGCUAUUUCAAGUUAAGUGGCCAUAGUAAAGUGGCUAAGUGGUUAAGUGGCCAUAGUAAAAAUGGCCUGAUAAUCCACCCGUUCCCUCAGAAUGGAGAAAAUAAACCCAAAAAACGGUGGCCAACCGUAGGAGGGAGUCAGCCAUUGCUGCAAGGAGUUUAAAACUUAGUACCGGUAUGCUGUAGGCAGCAAGCCUCUUAACUAGCAGAUACGUGCAGCCGAAGGCCAUGUUGUAAGCGGGGCUGGAGUUCAUCGAUGUGGUUUUGCAGAUAAAUUCCCUGCCUCUCUGGAGACCUGAUGCAAUGCAGCAAAUCCCAUACCUUUUCUGUCCCCUGAGAAUUAUGGAUAAUUCUCAGGGGCCCAGAUUUGGCCCUGAGAUCCUCAAGGACCAGUUCUGUUCACUGUUUCAAGCACCCCUUUCUUGACAAGGCAGCCAGAGCUAGCCGUGCUUCUCUUCCUGAAUCUGUCAGGCUUCACACCUUGCAGUAAGUCUCCGCCUCCUCAGACAUUUCUUAUUCCAGAAAGGGCUCACUUGGCAAUAGACGCCCAGACGUAACUUGGCUAGAUCGGCUUCUUUAUGACAGACAAGAAGGAAGUCAUACGCACCCGGCAGGGCAAAGCAGGGAAAGUCUUUAUAUAGGACUCUCCUCCAGAGCUGAAACUCUAGGUGCUUUCCUCCCACCUUUCUGAGUUAAGGUAUUUUUGCUGGUUUGCUCAGGCGGCAAUAGUAAUGGGGUCCCUUUCGUAGAGCUUCUUUGCCCUUACGUUGCCCUGUUUUGGCUUGGUUUUACUCAGGCUGCGGUCCCUUUGCUUCCUGCAUAUCGAAAGCAGAGCGCAGGUACAGGCAGUACUGCAAGCACCUGGCAAGCCGGAAGGAGGCCACCCU